CCUCUGUUACUUUCAUUUUUGAGCGGAGGCGGUGCAGAAGGAAAUGGGCAGCCAGCCGGCUGUGACAUCUCAUUCAGCCGUUGCAUUUCCUGCUCCCCGUCCUCCACCCCCCGUUGGCAGAGCCAGGAGCACAGGGCGGGUGUGCUCUGUGACGAGGAUGUUUUUUGGCUGCCGCCUCUGCUGCUCUCUGCUGGCUUUUGUCAUUUGCAGUUCCAUUUUCCACGUUCGUGAGCUGCAGUCAGCCCCGUUCAGCGUGCAGGGUCCCCCCGACCCUGUGGUUGUGGCUGUGGGGCAGGACGUGGUGCUGCCGUGCUGCCUGUCCCCGGAGCAGAGCGCACAGGACGUGGAGGUGACGUGGUUUCGGGACCAAUUCACACCCUUCGUGCAUCGCUACAGGGAUGGCCAGGACCACUAUGGGGACCAGGAGAUUCAAUACCAAGGGCGCACGGAGAUGCUGAAAGAUGGCCUCGCCAAUGGCAGCAUGAACUUGAGAAUUUUCCGUGUGCAGCUGUCUGACAAAGGGCAUUACACCUGCUUCGUUCGCAGCGGUUUGGAAUACGACGAGGCUGUGGUGGAGCUGAAGGUGACAGCCAGCGGCUCGGCCCCGCUCAUCGCUCUGCAGCGCUACCAGGACGGCGGCAUCCGCGUGGCGUGCAGCUCGGCCGGCUGGUUCCCGCAGCCCCAGCUGCUGUGGCGGGACCCCCAGGGGCAGUGGCUGCACUCCCUCUCCGAAAACGUCACCCAGGACGAGGGAGGGCUCUACACAGCAGAGAGCGUCCUCGUCCUCGUCGGCGGCGUGAGCCAGGAGCUGGCCUGCGUGGUGAGGGCUGCGCUGCACAGCCAGGAGAAGGAGUCCACGUUCUCCAUCGCGGAUCCCUUUUUCCAAAACGCCAGACCAUGGAAGAUCGCCCUGAGCACGGUCCUGGUUGCGGUGGUCGCUCUCUCCAUUGUUGCUGUUUAUCUGUUAAAAAUCAAAGGAAAAUAUGAGAAAAAAAUAGCAACACAAGCUGCAGCGCUGGGGGACCGUGAUGCCAAAAUUGAGAAACAAGCCGAGGAACUUGUGUGGAGAAGAUAUGCAGUGCCGAUUGAAGAAGCGGAGGUGGUUCUGGACCCAGACACUGCCCACUGCGACCUGGUCCUGGCUGAUGAUGGCAGGAGCGUGACGCGCACGGACCGGCGCCAGGACGUCCCCAGCUGCCCCGAGCGCUUCAAUCCCUGGCGCUGCGUGCUGGGCCGCCAGGGCUUUGCGGCGGGGAGGCACUGCUGGGAGGUGGAAGUGGUGCUGGAUGGAGGGGGGUGGACCGUGGGGGUCUCUCGAGAGGAUGUGAGGAGGAAGGGGGAGAUUGAGUUCGGCCCCGAGGAGGGCAUCUGGGCCGUGGGGCAGUGGGCAGGGCAGUUCCAGGCGCUCACGUCUCCGGAGCGCACGCUCCUUGCCCAUGUUCACACUCCCACACGGGUCCGGGUCGCUCUGGAUUAUGAGAUGGGCCGGGUGGCGUUCUUCAGCGUGGACGAGGAGAUCCCCAUCUUCACAUUUCCACCGGUGUCAUUCCAAGGGGUAAGAGUCCACCCCUGGGUCUGGCUGGGUCCCGGUACGAGGCUCAGAAUGUGGCCCUGAUGAAGAGGAGGAGGAAAGCGAAGGUGCUGUGUGUGUGCCGUAGCCCGCGGGCUCUCAGCGGGACUGAGGUGGGAAGGAACGCGGGGAGGUGUCCGCUGCGAUCUCCUGCCCGGAGCCGGGCUAAGCGCAGAGCUGCCUUGGGUGGCUUUGGGCACUGUUGCAUCAUCCGAAAUCUGGGAAGAAAACUCUCUAACUCCAAUGUGGCAUCAGAAAGCGGAAUGCCUCUAUUCCUCAUGAUAGGGACCAGGCAAUUUGACAAACAAGUGUGCACUGUUGGAGUUCAGGUUCUACGUUUAAACCAUUAAAACGUACACAUGCGGUA